GCACGGGAUUUCUUCCUCUGCCGUGACUUCCAACGUGUGAAUAAAUAUCACUUUUAGAGAGAGAAUGGGACCUGAAAAGACUCUCGAGCACUGAGCAGAGGGGCAAAGCAGCCCGAUGACUUGUCUUUUCCCUGCAGCUUGUUGCAUACCUCACGAGGCUUUCCUGACUGCAGGUUUAUUUCUGUAACCUUUCCCACCACGACUCCGGGUCAGUUUGGUAACGUUUGUGAUAGAGCUGACUUGGUGCUGAUUUGCUUUCAUGAGAAAUUAAAACCACAAAGCUUUGAAACCAUACAACAGGCUAAAAAUCAAAUCAAAUCCAAUACAAUUAAAAUGGCAGGUGACUCUAGGUUUCCAGAUGUGGAUAUCGAUGGACUAGAAAGAAACGAAGAAACAGAGAUUGUAGUCAAUGUCGGUGGGGUAAGACAGGUGUUCUACGGAGAUAACCUGAAUCAAUACCCAGAAACACGGCUGGCAGAGCUGAUCAACUGUUUGUCGGGGGGAUACGAUAGCAUAUUCUCCCUCUGUGAUGACUAUGAUCCUGGAAAGAGAGAGUUUUACUUUGACAGAGAUCCAGAUGCUUUCAAAUGCAUUAUUGACGUAUACUACUUUGGGGAAAUUCACAUGAAGAAAGGAAUAUGCCCCAUAUGUUUCAAGAAUGAAAUGGAAUUUUGGAAAGUGGAUCUGAAAUUUUUGGAUGACUGCUGCAAAACCCAUCUAAGUGAAAAAAAGGAGGAACUGGAAGAAAUAGCCCGAAGGGUGCAACUGAUUCUGGACGACUUGGGAGUGGAUGCCUCUGAAAGUCGCUGGAAAAGGUGCCAAAAAUACAUCUGGAAAUUUCUGGAGAAGCCAGAAUCAUCUUACCCAGCUCGAGUGAUCGCCGUUCUAUCCUUUCUGUUUAUUUUGAUCUCCUCUGUCGUGAUGUGUGUGGGGACCAUCCCAGACCUGCAGGUUGUAGACGCGGAGGGGAAUCGUAUGGAACACCCGACUCUGGACAGCAUAGAGACAGCCUGUAUAGGCUGGUUUACCAUGGAGUACAUGCUGAGGCUAAUCUCCUCUCCCAACAAACUCCACUUCGCCCUGUCUUUCAUGAACAUUGUCGAUGUGCUAGCAAUACUUCCUUUCUAUGUCAGCCUGACCUUGACCCACUUGGGAGCCAAGCUGAUGGAGCUGAGCAAUGUCCAGCAAGCUGUCCAAGCACUGCGCAUCAUGAGGAUCGCGAGGAUUUUCAAGCUGGCACGGCACUCCUCGGGGCUGCAGACUCUAACGUACGCCCUGAAACGCAGCUUUAAGGAGCUUGGGUUGCUCCUCAUGUACUUGGCUGUUGGAAUCUUUGUCUUUUCUGCUCUGGGUUAUACCAUGGAGCAAAGUCACCCCGAAACUUUAUUUAAAAGCAUCCCUCAGUCUUUUUGGUGGGCAAUCAUUACCAUGACCACAGUUGGAUAUGGAGACAUAUACCCUAAAACAACACUCGGAAAACUGAAUGCUGCCAUCAGUUUUCUUUGCGGGGUGAUAGCAAUCGCCCUUCCCAUUCAUCCCAUCAUUAACAACUUUGUCAGGUAUUAUAACAAACAGAGAGUUUUAGAAACAGCUGCCAAGCACGAAUUGGAGCUGAUGGAGCUAAACUCAACUGAGGGGAAAGCCACAAGCUCCAGAAGUGAACUAGAGGAUCUUGCGAGGGAAGGCAAAGAGGAUCCUUUCUAUAGCAACCGGCUAAAAGUCUCCCACAGUGACACUUUUAUUCACCUCCUGUCAGAAGAGAAACACCAUAGGACCAGGCUUCAAAGCUGCAAAUAAACUGAGCUGUUGUCAGCGCUAAGCUAUAGAUCGGGACAACUUGACAAUCAACUAUUGAAAAGACUCACGGGAUCUGUCAGAGUUGGGAGGGAGCACUGCUUUGCUUUUCCAAUGUGAAUAUAAAUUAACCCCAUGGUAUCUCCAUCAACAGUUGGUAAGACUUUGUCGUUAUUACCCAAAAUAAAAUAGUAGGACUCCUUAGAGAUCAGACUGCUUAUAAUGAAUGCGUUCCGACAAAAACCAUUUGUAACCGUUUUAGAGACUGAAAAGUCCUUCCUGGUCCGUAAAUGUUCGGUGACCUGAAUGUGCAGCGUUGCCACAUCAGAACUCUGUACCUGUGACAAUAAAGAGCAGCAUCGCACAGAUUGUG